AUGUCCCAGUCCACCAUCGACUUGAAUCCCCCCAGCAUUCGACGAGUGGUGAUUGAACACAUUGUCCACAGCAGUGAAAGCCCAUCACACCUGGCUACACCAGGUAGGCUUCGAGCUUUCUCAGGGAAAUGUCCACGGUUUAAUAAUGAAGUGGAUUUCGACACAUGGCGUACCAGUGUUGAAGUUCUCAUGAAAGAUCCCUCAGUCUCUGAAUCAUACUGCACGCAUCGCAUCCUUGACAGUCUCCUCCCUCCUGCUUCUGAGAUGACUAAGCAUCUUGGCCCACAUGCUAAACCUUCGGCCUAUCUUGAACUACUGGACUCUGCCUAUGGAACAGUUGAAGAUGGCGAUGAACUAUAUGCCAGGUUCAUGAAUACACUUCAAAAUGAUGGGGAGAAGCCAUCUGCUUUUCUGCAGAGGUUGCAUGUGGCACUGGGCACAACUAUGAGACAUGGUGGUGUGUCCUCUCAUGAUUUCGACCAGCAGCUUUUAAAGCAGUUCUGCCGUGGCUGCUGGGAAAAUUCCCUAAUAGUCGACCUCCAGCUUGAACAAAGAAAGAGAAAUCCACCAUCCUUUGCAGAACUGUUGCUGCUAUUAAGGACAGAAGAGGAUAAACAGGCGGCGAAAGUGAGUCGCAUGAAGCAGCAUUUGGGAAGCACCAAGCCUGUUUAUAGUGCCAGUAAACAGCGUGUCAUGUCUCAUCUUCAAACAGCAUAUGCUGCUACUGAUUCUGACUAUUGCACUGAAGUCGAGAUGCUGAGGAAAGAGAUAUCAGACAUUAGCGCCCAGCUUAAUAGCAUGACAGUUGAGAGUAAAAAACAGAAAUUGCCCAAACAGAAAGCAAAGUCCCUUGCUUCUAGUGCCAAAGCCGAGGCUCACCUCGUGAAAAAGAAAGGAACAACUCAGCAGAGCCCCGCUAUCAAAAUGAGCAGCAAACCACGCCCUUGGUACUGCUUCCAGUGUGGGGAGGAUGGUCAUAUCAUCUCGGCAUGUGACAAUGAGCCAAAUCCUUCCCUCGUAGCAGCAAAGAAAAAACAGCUGAGAGAAAGGCAGGCUGCAUGGGAGUCUUCCAAUCCCCUUGGCAAUCAGGCAUAUUUAAACUGA